AUGGAUCAGCUUGAACAAAAUCAGAGUGCUUUGAGGGAGGAAAUGUUCGGUAUGCGUGCCCAGAUGGGGCAACUGAUGGAGACCCUCCAAGUUGUGGUCAGAGGCCAAGAAGUCAUUGCUAGGGUCCACGAGGAACUCCGCUUAGCCAGUCAGAGAGCUGCCGCUACCAUUCCUGUGCCGCCACUUGGCAACCCUCCAAUCCAGAUCCCUAUGGGACCACUAGGAGGUGUACCCCCGCUUGGAGGAGGAGGUCCAGUGAAUCCAAAUCCUGUGGUUCCCCCCGGCAUCGAGGCGGACGAUCAGAAUGACGCCUUCUACAACCCCAAGGAGGAAUCGGUCUAUGAUGCUUUCGGACCGACCAGUGCAGAAAUCGACAAAAAGUUUCGUGCCAUAGAGGAGAAAAUGAAGGCCAUGGAAGGACCCAGUGCCUUCGGCUUGGAUGCUGCCGAGAUGUGUUUGGUGUCAGACGUUCAAAUACCCUCCAAAUUCAAGGUACCUACCUUUGAAAAGUAUCAGGGGGUCAGUUGUCCCAAGACACACAUCCGAGCAUACUGCAGCAAGAUGGUUGCAUACUCAAGAGAUGAGAAGCUACUCAUGCACUUCUUCCAAGACAACCUAAGUGGGGCUUCUUUGGAAUGGUACAUGCAGUUGGAGAGUACAACUAUCCGGACUUGGAAAGACUUGGCCGAGGCAUUCCUAAAACAUUACCAGUAUAACACGGAUAUGGCUCCGAAUCGGACCAAACUCCAGAGCUUGACGCAAAAAUUUGAGGAGUCUUUCAAGGAAUACGCCCAGCGUUGGAGAGAGCUGGCGGCUAGGGUUCAGCCUCCACUCUUGGACAAAGAGUUGAUCAAUAUGUUCAUGGGGACGCUCCAAGGACCCUAUUAUGAGAAGAUGGUAGGGAGCACAUCGAUUGGAUUCUCUGAUAUGGUGGUUUCCGGAGAAAGAAUCGAGAGCGGGCUAAAAAGUGGGAAAAUACCAAGUGUUGUUGGCCCGUCUAAUGGGGAAAUGAAACCGUAUGUCGGUUUUGCCAAGAAGAAGAAGGGAGAGACUAACAACACGUCAGUGGCUAGAGGGAGAGGCAUAUCACAUCGGGUUUCCUAUCAAUAG